AUGUUCGGAAAAACUGCAGAUCAGUUAUCGCAGAUUCUGGCGGUGCUGAUACUCGAUGACAAAGGCGACCGGAUCGCCAUAUAUUAUUCGGGUAUAGCGCGACGGUUGGAUGUAUUUUCUACUGAAGAGUUGCAGCGUGCGUUUGAAACGCGUAUUGUGGCGACGGGACGGAAGUCGGGGGUGCGUUUGAAUCAGGCUGAGGUGCUGACGUACAACGACUAUACCGUGUUGUUCCGGUAUCUGGGGGAUUCGAGCAUAAUCGUCAUUGGCGACCCGGCUACGAACGAGGUGUUGAUUUCCGUGUUUGCGGAGACGCUGUACGAUGUGCUGACUUCGUUGAUAAGCGAGAAGCUAACUCGCGCCCUGUUGUUUAAACGGUUGGACCAAGUUUUCCUGACCAUGGACGAAAUGAUAGAGGCGGGCUGCAUCAACGAACUAGACAAAAAGUCCAUUAUUAGUAGGGUCACCAUGGAGAUGACCACACUUGGAUGA